AGCAAUGGAACAAGUCAUGGAUGCAUUGAAAAAAGAUUUUACUAAUUUUGUGGGGAUACAUGGAAUGGGGGGUGUUGGAAAGACCACUUUGGUGAAAGAAAUUGCCAGAAAAUGCAAAGAAGAGAAGCUUUUCGACAAUGUGGCUAUGGCUGUGGUGUCACAAACUAUAACUGUCAAAAGUAUUCAAGAUCAAAUAGCGGAGUUUUUGGGUCUAAAACUAGGAGAAACAGGUGAGAUGAUAAGAGCGGCUCGGUUAUGUGAUCGAAUAAAAAAAGAGAAUAAGAUCCUUGUUAUAUUGGAUGAUGUUUGGGAAAAACUUGAGCUAAAUACUAUCGGCAUUCCUUCAAGGGAAGAUCAUAAGGGUUGUAAAGUUGUCAUCACCACAAGACGUAGACAGGUGUGCACUGCCAUGGGCAGCAGGGACCAAGCUACAAGUAUUGUCAAUCUUGAUGUCUUAAAUAAACAAGAAUCUUGGGAGUUGUUUAAGUUGCAAGUUGGUGACAUUAUUGAGUCUCCCACGGUGAGAAAUGUGGCAGAGAAACUUGUCAAAGAGUGCGGAGGUUUGCCUAUCGCUCUUGUGACAGUGGGAAAUGCUAUGAGAGGCAAAGACUUAGAAGAAUGGAAAGAGGCUGCUCUAGAGCUCGAGAAAUCAAAUCCUACAAGUAUUGAAGGCAUGGAGAAAAAUGUUUUCAAGUGCAUAAAAUUCAGCUAUGAUUAUUUAGGAGAUGAGGCCAAGGCUUGCUUCCUACUUUGUUGUUUAUUCCCGGAGGAUUAUGACAUUGAAAUAGAAAGGUUGGUUAGAUAUGGGGUAGGGUUGAAUACAUUUAAGAGAAUCGACAAAAUUCAAGAUGCCCGAAGACGAGUGCAUGUGAUAAUCAACAAUCUUAAAUCCUCUUCUUUACUGGUGGCAAGUGAAAGAAAAGGCUGCAUCAAAAUGCACGAUGUUGUCCGUGAUGUUGCUAAAACAAUUGCGUUGGAUAAAUACUUUGUGAAUGAUGGUGGGGUUUUGAAAGAGUGGCCAAAGGAACUGAGUAUGGAUGAAUAUAAUGGUACUGGCAUCUCUUUGAUGAGAAAUGAAAUCCAAAAUUACCCUGAUGCUUGGGAAUGCCCAAAUCUUGAGAUAUUUUUGACGCAUGACUACAAUGUUGAGCAAGAAUUGCCAGAAGAAGUAUUUAAGGGAAUGAAAAAGCUCAGAGUUUUACAUUAUCAAAUUCGAACCCGUAACUACUGGGAAAGAAAAGGGAUAACAUUGGGGCCAUCACUUGGUCAUCUGACAAAUCUUCGGACAUUAAUUAUUGAUGGUAAUUUUAUUGGUCCGAGAUAUGGUGGUCGCUAUGGCGCUAGUGAAAUGUCGAUACGGGGCAUUAGCGCACUUGGAGUGCUCAAAAUGCUCGAAGUUGUCAGCUUUAGAAGGUGCUGUUUUGAAGAGCCGCUGGAUGCACUAAGGAAGCUGAAGAACCUGAGGUUGCUAGAUUUGACAUUCUCUUAUAAUUAUUCAUCUCUUUUCAACUACACAGGAACACUCGCAGAAGAUUGGAAUUUUUCGCAAUUAGAAGAUGUACGCAUGACUGAGAUGGUGUCUUGUAGUGUUGCCGAGCUGUUCAAAUCUCAUCCUCGUUUAAAUGUGUUGAAGAUUUGUAUAGACCGCAUUGGACAGAUACCUGAAAACUUUGUCUUCCCCCACUUGGAUUAUUUUCACAUUUCUGUGGGCUCGACGAUAUAUGAUUAUUCUUAUGUUAUAUCUGACUAUUUUGAAAAUAGUUUGCACAUCGGGUAUGCACAUGACAUGGGAUUGCCAAACAGGAUUGGGACAUUAUUGCCGGUUGUAAGUACUUUAAGUCUUGAAACCUGCUUUGUGAUCAGAAACAUCCUUCCCUACCUAUUGGUUGGUAAAGACAGUCUCGCUGUCUUGAAAAAAUUGCAAGUUGUAAGUUGCAUGGACUUGGAGUUCUUGAUCAAUACUGAGGAGGUAAUCAGUAAGAUUCCACAGCCAGAUUGUUUCAAAUAUUUGGAGGAACUGCGGCUUUCGUAUUUAGGGAGCUUUAAGGGGUUGUGUAGCAUGGUUCUUGUUGACAUUCCCUACUCCUUUAUGAGGCUGAAAACAGUGGAGAUUCGUUAUUGCUCCAAAUUGAAAGUUGUUUUCCAUUGGUCUGUAGCUCAAACACUUGAGCAACUGGAAUCGCUAACAGUUGAUGAUUGCGAGGAAUUGGAAGAAAUAGUUGGAAGGGAGACAGGAGAAAAGGCUGUUCAUAAGGUGUUGUUUCCUGAAUUACGAUAUCUAAGGAUGAGUAAACUUCCAAAACUAGUUGGUUUCUACACUGGUAACUUGCCUGGGAGCCAAAGCACGCCCAACCUCAAGACCAUUCAUUUUAGUGAGACUUAUCCUAAGGUUGAGAUAGCAGUUGAAGACAAGAACUUAGACACAGUUAUAAAAGACCACAGAGGGCUUCUACUUUAAAUGGAAGCGGAGGAAGAAGAAUAAAUGGCUUCUAAGGCUGUGCAGAGAAUGGCUGAUUAGGAAGCUGAGCUCCUACAACAUCCUUCCUGUUACGGAUUGGUUCAGAAAACAUAAGCAAAGCAACAACAACAGAAGAAAUAAUAGCAGAGCAGAGUUGAGUGACCUUGGAGAUUUUACUUGUGAGGGAACAAAGCCAAAGCCUAUUGUUAUAAUAUUGCUCAAUGGUAGUUACCAUCAAAGACAAUAAUAUAAUCAUGUCUGCUGCCUUGAUCAAUUCCAUCCUUCAUUGUUACCAGAAUUCGUUGUUAGAAACUGGAACUUGUGUGUUUUACUACUUGAUGCUGUCAUUUCAAAUUUCUUUCAAUUGAAACCUGACAGACAAUUUGAAUGAGACUUUGAGCUUGUUUUUCA